GUGGCGGCCGCGCUGUGCGUGGUCAUCGCGCUGACGGCGGCGGCCAACUCGCUGCUGAUCGUGCUCAUCUGCACUCAGCCCGCGCUGCGCAACACGUCCAACUUCUUCCUGGUGUCGCUGUUCACGUCCGACCUGAUGGUGGGGCUGGUGGUGAUGCCGCCGGCCAUGCUGAACGCGCUAUACGGGCGCUGGGUGCUGGCGCGCGGCCUCUGCCUGCUCUGGACCGCCUUCGACGUAAUGUGCUGCAGCGCCUCCAUCCUCAACCUCUGCCUCAUCAGCCUGGACCGCUACCUGCUCAUCCUCUCGCCGCUGCGCUACAAGCUGCGCAUGACGCCCCCGCGUGCCCUGGCGCUAGUCCUGGGCGCCUGGAGCCUCGCCGCGCUCGCCUCCUUCCUGCCCCUGCUGCUGGGCUGGCACGAGCUGGGCCACGCACGGCCCCCAGUCCCGGGCCAGUGCCGCCUGCUGGCCAGCCUGCCCUUCGUCCUCGUGGCGUCGGGCCUCACCUUCUUCCUGCCCUCGGGUGCCAUAUGCUUCACCUACUGCAGGAUCCUGCUGGCUGCCCGCAAGCAAGCCGUGCAGGUGGCCUCCCUCACCACUGGCAUGGCCAGCCAGGCCUCGGAGACACUGCAGGUGCCCAGGACCCCACGCCCAGGGGUGGAGUCUGCUGACAGCAGGCGUCUAGCUACGAAGCACAGCAGGAAGGCCCUGAAGGCCAGCCUGACGCUGGGCAUCCUGCUGGGCAUGUUCUUUGUGACCUGGUUGCCCUUCUUUGUGGCCAAUAUAGUCCAGGCCGUGUGCGACUGCAUCUCCCCAGGCCUCUUCGAUGCCCUCACGUGGCUGGGUUACUGUAACAGCACCAUGAACCCCAUCAUCUACCCACUCUUCAUGCGGGACUUCAAGCGGGCGCUGGGCAGGUUCCUGCCAUGUCCACGCUGUCCUUGGGAGCGGCAGGCCAGCCUGGCCUCACCAUCACUGCGCACCUCUCACAGUGGCCCCCGGCCCGGCCUUAGUCUACAGCAGGUACUGCCGCUGCCCCUGCCGCCGGACUCAGACUCGGACUCAGACGCAGGCUCGGGCGGCUCCUCAGGCCUGCAGCUCACGGCCCAGCUGCUGCUUCCUGGUGAGGCCACCCGGGACCCCCCGCUGCCCACCAGGGCUGCUGCUGCUGUCAACUUCUUCAACAUCGACCCCGCAGAGCCCAAGUUGCGGCUGCAUCCACUCGGCACCCCCACGAACUGACCCGGGCUUGGGGCUGGCCAGUGGGGAGCUGGACUGAGCAGAAUCCAGACCCUGAGGCCUUGGGCCAGCUCUUGGCUAAGACCAGGAGGCUGCAAGUCUCCGAGGAGCCCUCUGAGCUCCAGGGGGGUGCGCAGAGCCGGCCCCUGCUGCCAUCUCCAGGCCCCUUACCUGCAGGGAUCAUAGCUGACUCAGAUACCGUGUUCUGAAGGAUGCUCCACCGUCGAGUGUAACUUGUGUGUGCAGAGGAUGGGCUGGAGGACUCCGGAUGUUGGGAAGAAGGACCUCUUGGUCCAGGUUAGGGUGUAAACAAUCAUGGCUUUUGCCCAUUCUGUCAGGCUGGACAGCAGGGAAUGCCCCCACCUGCAGGCAUGGAUUAAUGCUGGGCUGAACCCGUCGCUACUCACAGUGUAGUCCAUGGACAAUUAGCAUUGCCAUCACCUUUGGGCGUUUGUGAAAAAUGCACAUUUCUGCCCCUGCCCAGACCUGCUGAGUCAAAACUGCAUGUUACCAAGAUCCCAGGUGAAUCACGUGCCCGUUACAGUCUGAGAUGUGCUGCCUUAGAUCUUUAACCCUGAGAAUGAUUUGCUGGAGGGUUUUUGGACCUGCCAGUCCCCCCACCCUGGUAUAUAUGUGGCAGCAGCUGCACCUGGGAGGCAGGCAGGCACACAUGUGGGCCUCUGCCCUACCACCUAUGAGCUCUGGGGCCGGACACGAGUUACUUAAUCUCUCCGAGUCUCGGUUAUCCCAUCUGUAAGAUAGAGAAAUGAUGCCUAUCUUGCAGGGUUGUCUUGAGAAUUAAGAUAAUGUGGGCCCAGCACCCAGUACCUGGUCAGUUAAGUGAUACGUUCUGUUGCUACGACCCCCGGCUAUCCCGCCCCCUGGCCUCUCUGGCUGUGUGUCAGGAAAGGCUCUUUCUUCCCAUUGUUCUCUUUCCAUUUGCCUCCCCCUCUUCAGCCCCAGCCUGGCCUCCCACAGCCUGACUCUGGUUCCCCAACCCCCUGUUCUGGCUCCUGGGUGGGGACCCCAUCUCUCAGGGACCCUCCCAGCUCCCAAGCUGCUGCACUGCCUCUCCUGGGGGCAAAAGGGGCAGGCGGCAGUUUCUUUUUCAGCCUCAGGACUGGUUUACCUCGAUCCUGGGGGGUCCUUAGACCUAGAAGGGAACAACUGAUGGGGAUAAACCCAGCCCCUUGCCCACCUCCCUCUGGCUUUCCCUGGGGUCAAUGAGAGAAAUGGGAAUGGUAGCUACUUGGGUCAACAGAGCAGAGUCGAAGAAGAGCUGUCCCUGGUGUGGGGUGGGGCCCACGAGGCAGGCAGGUGGACUCUGGCACAGGGGCCUUGGUUUCUGGGGGCAGGGGGUGGGGGAACUCUUGGUCGCCACGGUUUACCUGCCAUAGGUCCUUUUUCAGCCCUGCCUCCCCCAAGUUCCACCAACACAAACUCCCAGGGAGUCCUCCAUGCCCGGCCUGGCCCUCUCCUUGGUGCUGAUGAGACAACUCUGGCUCCGGCCACGGGCCACGGGCCACGGAGGGGCCAUGGUGCUUGUGGGGCUUCCUCUAUCCCCCAGGCCUGCCCAAGGGGACUCUCAAUAAACUCUAGCUGAAGGCA